GCCAACGCAGGAUAUCACAGGAGCAACAUUAUAUACUCGUAUAUAUAUAUAUAUAUAGACCGAUAACUCAGUUAAGCAAGCGAUCGCAUAAUUCAACGUGCAGCCAUGAAAGCCUUUGUCUGUCUUUUGCUGAUUGGGGCGGCCAGCGUGACGGCCAAGCCUAAGCCAGGUGGUGGCGGCUGGUCCUCGGGCGGCGGUGGUGGUGGUGGCGGCUGGUCGUCGGGCGGUGGCGGCGGCGGAGGACAUGGCGGCGGCGGCGGCGGUGGCGAUGUGCAGGUGAUCAAGGUGAUUACCGAAAGCGGCGGCGGUGGCGGCGGCGGCGGCGGCUGGUCCUCCGGCGGCGGCGGUGGUGGUUGGUCUUCGGGCGGUGGUGGCGGCGGUCAUGGAGGCGGCGGCGGCGGUGGUGGUGAUAUAAAGCUCAUUAAGAUCAUCAGCCUGGGCAGCGCUGGCGGCGGCGGCGGCGGACAUGGCGGCGGCGGCGGCGGCGGUGGCUGGUCCUCCGGCGGCGGCGGCGGCGGCUGGUCAUCCGGCGGUGGCGGCGGCGGCGGCGGUUCCACCAAGGUCAUCAAAAUCAUUAAGCUAAGUGGCGGCGGCGGCGGUGGCGGUGGACACGGCGGCGGUGGUGGCGGCGGUGGCUGGUCCUCCGGCGGCGGCGGCGGUGGUUGGCAGCCAGCUGGCGGCUGGGCCUAAGCCCGACCAAGCGGCUAGCCAGGCGCCUGUAAAUACUGUAUAUAAUUGAGACAUUAUAUAUUUUUUUUAAAUUGUUGUUAAUUUUUUUUUAAACAUUUUUUUUUUGAUUACACAAAAUUUUCUAUGUAAACGCGCGCAACAAAAAAAAAAUGAUGUAAUUAUGUAACCAAAUGUAUUUUUUGUAUUAUACGAUAUUGCACAUCGUUUGGCCCGAAACUUGGCCAAAAGACUACCGAAUAUUUGCAGACAAACA